AUGUCGAGCCAGUCAGGAAACAACCCCCCAGUUGCGACGGUUGUCCAGGAUGAUGAUGAGCCUGAUGAAUGGGACAAACGAAUCUUUAGCACUGGAUGUGCGGAGAAUGGAGAGAUGAGUGCUGAAUCAACCGCAGAAGAGAACUCGAAGAUGACGGAUUGCUAUUUUGAAAAGAAAGAUUGGAGACUGUGCAAAGCAGAGCUUGAUACUUUUAAGAAAUGUUGGAAGAAGCAUCAAAAUGAUCAGAGGACUGUAGCUGAAAAUCAGUUAUUGAAGGAAAAUUGGUCGUCAUCUGAAGCGCGCCACAUUUUCGUGAUGAUAAAGAAAUCGCGUCUGCCAAGAACAUACAUACUUUCUUCACACAUCGAAAUGGCAGCAAUUAUACCUAGAGCUUCACGCUCAAUAGUUACUGAUGCAGCGACAUCGGUAUCAAGAUUCUCAGCAGUAUCAAAAGUUACAAGUCUGACUUGUCGAUCGAGACACUUCUCCCAAAAUUUUCGAAAUGCGGCGAUUCCAGGUUCGAGCUAUACACCAAGAGCGUCGACUGCAACGAAGCCUCCCACAAGCUAUGCUGCUCCUGCAACCAAACCCAAAGAAUCAGAAAAUGCGAUAGAUUCUCAAUCGCCCAUCAAAGAUAUGACAGAGGGACUUGCAGAUGAACCACUGAUUUUGGAUGAGGGAGCUAGACAAGUUGACUGGGCGAGAUCAUUCCACGGAUUGUCGUCGCAGCCAUUCUCCAAAGAAGCUGCAGAUAUUUUACUUGCACCAAUCCCUGCUGAUGAUGUGGAGGUCAAGCCAGAUGGUAUUAUAUACUUGCCAGAAAUCAAAUAUCGAAGAAUAUUAAAUAGGGCGUUUGGACCUGGUGGAUGGGGUUUGGCACCAAGAGGGGAAACAAUUGUUACGCAGAAGAGUAUUACAAGAGAAUAUGCUCUCGUUGCUCAUGGACGAUUAGUAUCCGUGGCUCGUGGUGAACAAGACUAUUUCUCCCCCGAAGGUAUUCCAACUGCCACCGAAGGAUGCAAAUCGAAUGCCUUAAUGCGCUGCUGCAAGGACCUCGGCGUAGCCAGUGAGCUUUGGGAUCCUAGAUUUAUCAGGAAGUUUAUGAAGCAACAUGCGAAGCAAGUUUGGGGUGAACAUGUGGUAACCAAAAAGAAGAAGCAAUUAUGGAUGAGGAAGGAUGACGAAGUUAGAUACCCAUACAAGGAGUCAAAGUUCGGCGCAUAG